AUUUGGACACUGACCAAAUACCAAACAAGGCAUUGCGAACAUAAAUCAACUGCAACAGGAGCAGCAGCAGAAGCAGCAGCACCAGCACCAGCAGCAGUAGCCAAGAUGGAAUCCGAUUCGGACACCUGGGAGGACUUUUUUGGCAGCAGCACGGAGCUAGCCCAUUCGCUGUUGGGCUUCUAUGACACGCUGACAAACACCUUGAGCGCUGGUCCGACGGCAGCCAAGGCUGACAGCAGCGAGAGCAGCCAGAGCAGCGGUGAGUCAACGCCAAAGCGCAGCAAUAGCAAUUGCAGCACCACCAGCACCACCAGCAGCAGCAGCAACAGCAACAGCAACAGCAACAACAGCAGCGACAAUCAUUCGGGCAGCUAUUGCUUAGAUGGUGGAGCACAAACGCCGCUGGUGGUUGCCGGGCUGCGUGACGAUGUGGCUGAUGGCGUGCAGCUGAGCCGAUUGGUGGUGCAACGGCGCCAGGAGCUGGGCAGCAAUCACAGCAUCUCAUCCACAGCAUCCAGCAAUCAUUCGCGACGCGGCAACAAUAUUCGCGUGCUCUCGCCCAAUGUGCAGCGGAUUAUUACGCACGCCGAUGCGGAGCCCGUGAACGCCAUCGACAUCGAAGCCAUCCAGCAGCAGCAGCAGCUGCAGCAGCAGCCGAUCCAGCGCAGCCCCACACCGCCGUUGCGUUAUGCAAAGGCCGCAACCACAGCACCACCCAAACUGAAGCUAUCGCAUCUGCCGCUCUCCAAGACAACGGGCAAGCUAUCCACCCAGUCGGGCAGCGAUCUGGUGUCCACCUUGGAUGCGGGCAGCGAGUACGUCGGUGGUGCGCACAGAAGGGUCAACGCAUCCGCGGAUGAGGACAAGACACCCACCAACAAGGCAGCGCCCGGCACACCCUUUCACUUCGAGGGCAAGCCCUUCUCCAAGCUAAAGCUGCAGAGCAUCAAAUUAAGUGAAAUGGAGCAGCUGGCGGUGACGAGCAUGCAGCUAGCUACAGCACCACCAACAACACCACCACCACCAGCAGCAGCAGCAGCAGCAUCAGCUCCAGGUGCAGCCAGUACGCCGGUGGCACCGCCCAGGCACAAGGCCUUUGUGGUGGCCAGCGAGCCGCUCAGCCCAGAGCCGUUUGUGGACGCGAUUAACUUUGACCUGGUUGCCCAGCACAUCGAGAAGCUGACAUUGAGCGACCUGGAUCUGGGAGAAGGCGAAGCAACGGCCGAGCAGCUGGUGGAGGCCAUCAACAAGCCGCUGAUUGGCAAGCCGCUGGUGCGCAGCGUCUCGGCACCGCGCGCCAGCCAGAGCGGCUCGGCGGGGCCGGGCUCCCCGCUGCAGACGUAUGCGCGCACCAAGCUGAAGAGCCAGAGCGGCAAGGCGAGCACCUUGGGUGGCGGCAUGCCACUGCGGCUGCCCACGGCCGAGCAGCUGGCUGAGCUGGAGGAGGCCAACAAGCUGUCGGCCGAGAGUCUGGACACGUUGACGGACAUCAAGCCGAAGUAUCCGCCGCGCCUAAGUGAGCUGACGCGCCUCAACAAUCGUCCGCUGUCCUCCUCCUCCAUUUGCUCCACCUCGUCCAGCUCCAGUUCGGGCUCCGACCAGCUGCUCAAUGGCAAGCUGGCUGCCACCUCCUAUUUGGCCAGUGUCGAGAGUUUGGCCGAGAGCGAGAACGAGCUGGGCGACCAUCAUCAUCAUCAUCAUCCCUCGCACACGAAUCCCAUGAGCGUGCUGGAACGCGCCUGCCUGGAAAUUGUGGACUCGGAGCGGAGCUUUGUCGAGGAUCUGGGUCAGGUUAUCAAAGGCUACCUUCUGGACUGGAAGGAGCGCGCCUGUCUGCGCACAGACGAAUUGCAAAUACUCUUUGCCAACAUUGAAGAGAUUUACGAAUUCAAUUCGUUGCUGCUGCAGCAGCUCAUCAACUCGGGCAUGGAUCCGGGACGGAUAGCGAAAUGUUUCAUUGACCUACGCGAUCGCUUUAAUGUGUAUACAACCUAUUGCACAAGCUACCCGGAAGCCAUCUCGCUGUUGACCAAACUGCUGCAGGCGAAGCACACGAAUACGUUGCUGGCCUCCACGCAGACGCUGCUGCAGCAUCGCCUGCCCCUUGGCUCCUAUUUGCUGAAACCGGUGCAACGCAUACUCAAGUACCAUCUGCUGCUGGACAGCCUGCGCAAGCACUGCGAUGUGAAGGAGGUAACUGAGGCGUAUGCCAUAAUGCGACAGGUAGCGCAUCACAUAGACCAGGUGAAGCGUCAGCAGGAGCAGCAGAGUCGUGUCAAGGAGCUGUCCGGCAUACUCGACGGCUGGAUGGGACCAGAUCUGAGCGUGCUGCGAGAACUGAGGCACGAGGGCUUGCUCAUGGAGCAGCACAACAAGCCGCGUCAGGUGCUCCUCUUCGAGACGAUGCUGAUCAUUACCAAGCAAAAGGAGGACGGCCGUCUGCAGUUCAAGAGCCUCAUAACCCAAAAAAAUCUAAUGCUGAGCGAGCAUUUGCCCGGCGAGCCGACCAGCUUCUAUGUCAUACCCUUCGAUGACCCGCGCAAUCAAAUCAAGCUGACGGCCAGAAAUCGUGACCAGAAGCGCAUCUGGACGCAGCACAUCAAAGAUGUGAUGCUCCAGGAGCUGGAUAUACCCACUCGUGCCAAGGAGCUUGUCUACCAGCUGGGCAACGAGGAAGAUCGCACGCCCGAUCGCAGCACCUGGAAGUGGAGCCUGAACUCGAGCAGCAACUCGACGCCCACGUAUCUGGAGCGGCGCAACGCUUGCCGGCGCAGUGAGAUUCGCUUGCGCAAUUCCAAAUUUAAGCGCAAGACGCUGACCAACUCCAGUUCGUUUGACAGCUUCAAUGAGUCGCUGGAGCAGCCCUCGCCGGAGCAGGCAGCGGCAGCAGGAGUCGCCACCAAGCCGGCCAAGCCGCUGUCGCGCAACAACAGCCUGGACGACACGGCGCUGCAGAAGCUGGCCGCAGCCGUGCGCUAUCGCAACAAGCGCGACUCCAAGUCCAGCGCCAGCAAGGAGCACUGCAAGUGCGAGGCACAGCAGCAGCAGCAGCAGGAGCAGCAGGAGCAGGAGCAGUGCGGGUGCAUAUUGCGGGAGCAGCGCAGUCGCACCAAGUCGCAGAGUCCAGUGUUUAGCUACAAGGCGCUCAAGGAGCGCAGCAAGUCGGUGCCGCGGAUCAGCGGCUUCAGCCUGGACGAGCAGCAGCAGCAGCGGGAGGCAGACGACGAUAGCGCCGCCUCGCUGCGCGGCAGCAAACCCGAUCUCAGCGAGCGCAAGGCCAAGGCCAAGGGCUUCUUCGAGGUGAAGCAAUACAAUCACAAGACGAUGCCCAAGCGCAUUGCCACGCUGAAGAAGCAGAGGGGCAGCAGCGGCGUUGGCAAUCGCAAGGAGAGCUGCUCCACGUUCUACAUGGAUCUUAGUGAGUUUGACAGCUCGGCCGUGCUGAAGAUCACCGAGUCCACGGAGGACCUUGAGCUGGCCGAAGAGGCGCAGGAGACCAAGGCGGAACAGUAUUACGACAGCCAGCAGGAGACGCAGCCGACGCCCGCUGAAAAGGCGAAGCGGGAUGCAGAGAUCGUCCUGGAUCUGCUGAAGAACACCAAGGAGUUCGAGCGCAUCUACAACAAGAACAAGCAGCAGAAGCAGCGCCGCGAGAGCAGCCAGGCCACGACACCGCAGAGUCCCAGUCCGGAGGAGGCGCCUCCAUUGCCGCCCCGUCCGCCCUCGCGUUCGCCGCCGCCGCUGGAGACGGAGCAGCUGCAGCAGCAGAAGCAGGAGCAGGAACAGGAGGAGGAGCCCAUUUAUGAGACACUGCUGCGCAACGUCCACGUGCCCUACAAGUUCUCCCCAGUGCUGGGGCGCGCCAAGUCCGUGCAGUAUUUCAAGAAGCGAACGCCCGCCCCACGACCCGAGUCGGACUACGUGACGCUGGUCUAUUCGCCGGACGGCGUGCUGCAGCGCGUGGGCGAGGAUGCAGUGCAGCAGCAGCAGGAGCAGCGUGACAGCACCAGCUCGGAAUCCAGUUCGGGCUCCACUGUAAAGCGCGACAGCCAGUCGACUGUCAUCAAUCUGAGCCUGGAGUCCACCACCACGAACUCAGAGGCGGAUCAGAUCGAUGCGCUUUACGCGCGUCCCAUACCAAAGAACCUAAUGAAGCGUCUGCUCAAUGGUAAUGGCACGUCGAGUGGUCAAAACGUGAGCAACUCGGAGAUCUCGCUGCUGCCGCGUGCUCUCAAGUCCAUCGAUAAUCUGAGCAUGGCCUUUGGGCGCACUCCGAAUCGUCCGCCCGAGCGUCGCGUCUCCGAUGUGAGUGAGAUGUGCCGCCAAAGCAUUUUGCAUCGCCAAGGCAGCGAGGCGGUGGGCGAGCGCAUGGCCCACGUCGACUAUGCGGAUCCAAAGACGCUGUUCAGCAUCGUUGCCAGUUCGGAGGCAUCGUUGCAGCGCGAUUCUGUCUUCUCGCUGACCUCCUCCUCGUGCACCUCCAGCGACAGCAUGUGCGAUCAGCAGCGCAAGCGCUCUGCCGCUGAGCUGCCUGCGUCCGGUUUUGAGUAUGAGCAGCAUGUGGAGGACAGCUUGGAGAAUGAUUUCCGUGAUUCGGCCAUCUACAGUGACGACAACAACGAGAAGCGCAGCACUGACUACGAUGUGAAGCGGCCACGCAGUCCACCACCCCCGCCGCCUGCCAAUGGAUGCGAACGUCAUCCAUCGCCUCCACAGAUAGCGCCGAAGCCAACGAAAGCAACGCUGCAGGAACUGCUGGGACAUCAUCCCAGUGUGGUGAUCUGUCCACCGCAUCUCAGCCAGGCGGCGUCGCGCAGCUGGGUGCUCCAGCAGAUCGAGAACUUCAACAAGUAAACCAGUCGAGAAAAAUUCCUUUGUCCAUUGCCAUAGAAAUUCAUCCUGUUUGUAUUUUUCAUGAUUAUUAUUAUUAUUAAUUAAUUCUUGUAUAUAUGGAAAUACUUUUAAAAUAGCGACUAUCUAUAUGUAUAUAAAAUGUACGUGUGCAUCAGCCCAAAUUGUAAGAGUUGUAGAUAUUUUAUGCAAUGUGUAAGUGUAAUUCUAAGAUUAAAUAAUAUUUC